CGCGGUAGCUUCCGGGCGGCAGUUCCGGGCGUCGCGCCCGGUGCAUGGCCGUGGCGCGCAGGAUGGGGCCUGAGCGGGUGUGUCCGGAGGAGUCGGGGCCGCCGGAGGUCCCCGAGGGCGCGGCGGGCUGGAGCGGCGACGAGGAAGAAGACGAUGAAGAAGAGGAGGAAGAAGAGGAAGGCGGCGGGUACCUGUACCAGCCGCUGAGCCAGGAGCCGGAGGCGGGCGCGGCGCUGCGGGAGCGGCUGCAGGAGUUGCGGCUGCACCUGCCCGAGCCGCCGGCGGACAGCGAGGAGGAGGAGACGGUGCGGGAGGAAGGCGUCGCGGCCCAGAGCAGCCGCAGCUCCAUCCCCAUGGAUGCAGAGCACGUGGAGCUGGUAAAGAGGACAAUGGCCAGUGUGAAGCUGCCCACUCUGGGCAUCCCUGCCUGGGCCAGCCAGAUCUCGGAGGAGCAGUGGAAGGAUGUGGUGCAGCGCACACUGCAGGCCCGGCAGAGUCUGGGUGGCCCCAGGCCUGAGUGGAAGUGAGGGCCAAGCUGUGGCAUUCCUGGCCCUCCCUCCACCAGACAGGCACCCGCUGCCUCGGUGCCAGCAUCAACUUUCCAGUUUCUCCCACUGACGUUGUCCAACCCCCCUUUCUGCUUGUCUCUCUUGGUUUUGGCCAAGCUGUGGCAUUCCUAGCCCUCCCUCUGCUGUGCAGGUACCUGCUGCCUCAAAGCCAGGACUCGCUGACAUUGACCUUCCAGUUUCUCUCACUGACGUACAAUUCCCCAUUCCUGCCCAGUCUCCUGGUUCUGGCUGGUGUAUAAGUCACUGUACUGUCCUGUUGGCUUCCUCUGUCUCCGAGGAGCUUGGUUUCCAUACUGAUGUGUGUGCGGAGGGAGGGGCCUUGGCCAGCUUUGCCCACAUUCCCUCGGGACAACCAUUGGUGUCCCCUGCACUGUCAGUGCUGGAGAAGUCCCUCUUCACCCUAAGGACCUCUCAGGAGAAGGGCUGCAUGUUGGAAUAAUAGAGGUGGAGCAUCAUGUGUCUUUCCAAGAGAUCGGUUUUAUUUAGUUCUGUACAUACAGGGACAUCUGUACAAAAUCCAACACUUCCAUACUAUGUAAUGCUCUACUGAAAAUAAAGUACACCAUAUGUACAUAUGAACUGUAAGCAGCUUAAUACUUGUGUCCAGGGGGUGAAUGCAGUAGUUAGUUUUGCUUGUUCCCUCCGGAGGAGGAGGGAGCUGGGUGAAGUGGAAGAGGCAGCUCCAGUUCUGUCCAUUUGGCUGAUGUGGGGAAAGGCAAGAGGCAGAAAUGAGCAGCGCUAAUGCUUAAAAACCAACUGUUGAGCGAGGGGGCGGCUGUAGUGCAGCAGACGCAGUCUGCGUAUGAGCAGUAUGUGUGGGAGAGGGGCAACGUGCUCCCUGCUUUCCCACAUGGUCCCCUUUGGAGAUGUCCAGGACACUGGAAUGAUGAGGUGACAAACUAACUGCGAUGUGAAGGUACUAAGCAUCAGUUCCCUGACCCCAAACAAGACACACAAAGCUAUGAGAACAUCGAAGCCGUACAGCACGUAGUUGUGAUGUGUUACAGUCUUGCCCCUGCACAUGGACAACCCCGGCAGCGUUCCUGCGGGGAAUGCCAGCAGCGAUGGACCAUCUGCAGGACAGUGACAGCCUCUGUGCACCAGGAAACUGUUCCUUCUGAGGCAGACAGGGAAAGGCAGCCGCUGCCUAGCAGCAAGGGGGCUCGAGUGAGGGCACGCACAUGCUGUAGCGCUCUAAAGGUGACGUGGUGGCUCCUAACACAAUGCUAAGCGGACAAGUUGAAAGCCUGUCCCGCAAUGGGAAGAAACAUCCUUCCCAGCCUGAGUGCUGCUGCACACAGCGCUCAGCCAUCCUUGUCUCUGCUGUGCCCCGAUGCCUGCUGCUCCCGCACGCCAUCCGGCAUCACCCAGUGCACGUCUACAUGCUGUGCCAGGCGUGAGGUAAUCGAUUGGCAGCUGACCAUGAGCUCGGACUAAGGUUUAAAAUAAGCAAUAACCUCCCUGAGGUGUUCAUUAAGUCUCCUGAUGAACUGGCCCGUUGGAUGAAGUGGAGGGGAGGUGGGGUCCUGCAUGAGGGUGAGUGAUCUCGUGCGUACUCACGCUUGCCAGCUGCUCCUAAGAGAUGGUGGCAUGCCAAACAAAGAGCAGGAGAGCUAAACAGGGCAGGGGGACAGGAUACACAGGGAAAAAACAGCUCUGGGUUGGAGGAAAGAUGUGCCGUGCACCAGCUGUAAGAUUAGAGGGAAUGAACCUCCGACCUGGGAACGGUGAGGACAAGCAGAUGCACCAGGACCUUCCACUGCAUCCCUUGAUACUGCGAAGCAGCGUCAGACAAGCACCGACCCCGUCAGCUCCCUGCACUGUUGCAAGAAAUAUGUGUCAAGAAAGCAAGCACAGCGGGAAAGAAGCAAGGAAGACUCUUCUCUGUCACAAGCUGGCACCUUGGCCUGGUGCUGCACCUGCACUGCCAAAGGAAGGAGAGAAAGCUGGAUCACAGUAGCACCUGAGUGCUGCGCAACCCCCUGGGCUAUCAGCAAGUGUGCUCUAAACGCUAAAUUAGCACAAGUCCCCGAUGCAUCACAUGAUAACUAACGAGGGCCUAGAGCCACAGCAAGUGCCAGAGUAACAGAGCGAGGCAAGUGUUGCUCCGAGCACCCGUGGAAGCAACUGAGCAGCAGCACCUGGCUAUUGGUCACAAAGAGACACCUGAACACGCAGAAACUCAGCCUGGCCCCGUAAUGUGUAUCCAUUGCUUCCACUAAUUUGCAGAAAUGACUUUAGCAGCACAAGCUUCCUAGAAACCCUGGCCACUGCAGACCUAAGGAUGGGAUACAGCGACAAAGGGAGAGCUGCAGGAGUAUCUUAAUUGAGCAGGUAAAGGAGGAAAGCAGAAGUCAGUGGCUGACGCCUGCUACAAAGCGGGAGAUUAAUUCUGGGCCCACAAUUAACCCAAGACACCAGGAUGGAGACGAGUCAGCGCAGACCAACACAAACAGCUGAAGGAAUUCACUUUCCCACAAGAGAGCUUCUAAGGAUGCUCUAAAAGGGAGGGCUGCAAUAGUUUGUAGUGCUUGCACCCAGCUUUACAGGGGUGGCCAAGCACUGAACCCCCACUCCUCCGACAGGGGAACAGAACAAGGGGCAGGAAGCAAAAGAAAGGUGGAAGUGAACACCUCCUCUGCUGCACGUGAGACCCUCCAGCUGCAGAGCCGCACCCGAAGGCGGGGUGGAAAGGCAGCAGAACCCUCACAAACUUGCCACAAGCUCCUGCCUGACCUCUGGGUGCACUGGCAGAUGUUGGAGAUGGGCACCUGGGGCUUGCAGCAGCGGCAGCAACCGAGCCACGUGCAGCUGCCUACAGACAAAGAACCAGGCAGCAGCUGGAAAUGAAGUGAUUCCUGCUUGGGCUGCUCCAAUCGCAGGUCAGGCAGGCUCCCUUCACGCACACAUACCAGAGGUGGAAAAGCAGGAGGGAAGGAGGAAAAGGAGGAGGACGUGACAGUGGCAAGAUACAAGUUAUAACAUAAAACAAGAUCUACCCUGGCGGGAUGUGGAUGGAGUGGAGGACAGGCACAGCUCACCAUGUUCAUUCCUUAUUUAUACAUGAGAACCAAGUGCAUUUCCGUGACCCCUGGGGGAA